GGCUGGAGCAGGGUGGGUGAGGUGCCCGUGGGGGAUUAGUAGGACAUGAGUACAGAGAGGUAAGGGGUGAGGAGGUGGGUGUCUGUUGCAUGGGGCCUUGAAGGCCACUGUGAGGACUUUGGUUUUUACUCUGAGUGCAUUGCGAUCCACUGGAGGACUUUGAAGGCAGGAGUCACCUGCUCUGACUCAGGAGUUAGCAGACUAAGACUGUAGAGAGGUGAGGGCAGAAAGCGUGGAGUAGGGGGACAGCGAGGGGAACACUGUUGUCAUUCUGGGAAGAGACCCUGGGGGCUUGUACCCAUGAUAUAGAGGCCGUGGGAAAAUACCAGAUUUUCCAAUUUGACAUAUAGUUUGAAGGUAGAGUCAGGGAGAUCGGGAUGGGAGAGAAAGGUAGAGUCCAGGAUGGGUCGGAGGUUUUUGGCUGGCGAGUCUGGAAAUUUGGCCCUGCUGUCACCCGAGAUGGGGGCUGUCUAGGGGAUCUGGAGUGUUACGCUUUUUAAGUGUGAGAUGCCCAUUAGGCAGUCAGAUAAGUUUAGUGGGGAGGUUGAGCCAGGAAGAAAGUUUGGGGCUGGCAUUUCAAGCCAGAAGAGCAGGUGAGCUCACAGGGAGGGAGACACAACUCUGGGGCUCCCAGCCUCAGGAACUAGCCAAGGAGACAGAAGGAGCAGCCGGUAGUAUGGGAGGAGAAGUCAGAGUUGGGGGAGUGUUUCAAGGAGAGAGAGAGAGAGAGAGAGAGAGAGUAUUCUGAGAGAUGCCUUUGCAGAGCUAGCCAGUCCAGAGCUGAGAGCCCAGCAAUGUGCACGACACUGACUGGAGGCCAUCUGGGGGGCCCAGGAGGACGUGCCCGGAGGGCAUGGGAGGGGAGGACUGGAGGAAAGCAGUACGGGCAAGAGACAAGGGCUCCUGCUUUGAAGGGAGUCACAGAAUUGGGGUGGGAGCCGGCAGAGGAAGAGAGGGCUCUUAUUCUCCUGAUGGAGAGACUGCAGUCUGUGUGCAGGAGGGAAAUGGUCUCCCAGAGAGAAGCUCGGGGAAGGGGGCAGAAUACAAGAGGGUUGCAGGAGGGGCAGGGCUGGGUCCAAGGCCCCAGGGAAGGCCUGGGCCCCGCUGAGAUAGAGGAGCCAAGGUUCCCUGGGCCUCCCUCCUCUGGCCUGCACGGGCCCAGGGGGCUGAAAUUUCAACCCUUGAGCAAAUCAGCGGGCUCAGAGGUCUGGAGAAAGUCGGCUGGCUGCGGUCUCAGGAAGGAAGGAGGUGUCAGGUCCUGGGCCUGGGCCCCGGGCCGGAGGGUCAGGGGAGGCCCACGUGGGUUGCCCCUUUUACUUGACUCUGUUUCAUGCCUCUUUCUUUUCAUGGGCCUCACCUUCCUCAAGGGAAGACUGUGAAGGACUCCAAACUUGCAGUAACUCGAGUAGAGAAGAAAAGACAGUAGAGAUAGAUUUAGUUCGUCUGAAGCGGAAGUCUGAACAGGUGAUAAGGAGGCAAGAAGCGGGAUUUUCGGGACGGUUUUUAUGAAAUAAGGGUUGACUGGCCAUCUGUUUUCUCUUGCUCCCAAUUUAAGCUAAAGCAGGAGAAACUUAAGUUGGACAUGAUGAAGAAAUUGCCGAGCUGGCAGCAAGGCCAGGUUUUCCCCCCGGAUGUUUACAAGGAUGUUAGGAGAACAAUGCCUGCUCAGAGGCAGGGGUCUGACCACAUUGGUCCUUGGGGAUUCCACCUGCUCUGAGGUUUCUGGAAGGAGGCCAGGGAAGAGUUGGGACUUUCCAGCUGCUGGUGGGGGACCAGAGCCCCAACCCUUAGGGCUGGGGCCUGUCUCUCCCUGCAGGUGUCCACAAAUCCUUGAUAUCACCAGUUGGGUGUGUGUGGCUCAAGCAUUCUUGGGAUGUUUGGGAAGGGCCCCUGCUUGUCCCCUUGUGGGUGAGCACAGUUGUGGGUGUGUCUCAGGUCUGGGGCGGGGGGUCUUUCAGUGCAGGUCAUGGUGGACGCACAGGGCUUUCCACCAGAGCGGAUGAAAAUUACCUACUUCUGCACAGUGGCUUGGCCAGCUCUGGCCUCCAGACCAUCCUUUCAGGAUUUCCCCGGGAGCUGGGGUCUGUGGGGAAAUCUAGACCCGCCGGUCCUGUGUCACUCAGCCUUUGCCUUCGUGCCCAAGGCCUGCCCCCAGGGGACUUGGCCAUGCCCACCAAGCCUAAUGAUCUCUGCAGGGGGAGAGGGUGGCCUAGGCUCUCCCGAUGCAGAAGAGUGGGCUGCUGUUCAUUCCCACGCAUCCUCUGGGUAAGAGGAUGUCAGCAAGGAAUGUCAGGUCUCCUGUUUUUGAUUCCUGGCCUCACACGUACCCGCCAGGCAUUGGGUCAGAGGGAGAGCGCCCACCCCAUUUCUGGGCUGUUCCCAGAGGGAGGUGGUUCUUUGCCCCAGGUCCUGGAUAGGUGUGGCGGCGGGUCUGGUGUUUCCACAGCUGAGAGCCAUGCCAGGGCCAAGCCCAGACCUCUUCCUACCUGUCCUGUUCUCUCCUUUCCCCGCAUCCCAUCUCUACCCUCCUGACUCCUCUGCUUGGCAGUGGACACGGGGCAGAGGCCUGCUUGUCCAGAGAGAUCUAUUUCAGUUCCUGACUUACAGCAGCCACUGCACUGGGGAUGCCCUCGCAAGCUGCCAGACCUGCAGGUAACCUUGCUGCCUCAGUUUCCUCAUGUGGCCAGCCCAAGGAUUUCCAUCCUAAGUGUUGGCAGCAGUCUGGGUUGGAGACGUCUCCUGUCCCUUCCUUUGGCUGGCAUAUGUGGACCGGCGUAGAAUGUUCCAGCCCCUCCCCUUCCUCGGUGGAGUUUUGAUUCAUAAGCGUUCCCCCCACCGUCCCCCACGCCUCCCCGGGGCUCAGCCCUGUGCCAAGCUUGUGGAUGCCAGGAUGAGUAAGACCCAGGCUUCUGCUUGGGCCAAGAAGGACGGGAGACACAUAAACAGUAACGAGGAAAGUUGCAAAAUCUCUAGGCACCUUGGCAUCUGCUCCCUUGAGUAUCUCAGAAUGUCUCUGUUUUGUAAAAACAAGGAGGUGUUGCCCUUCCUUUUCCCUUUCCCUUUCCCUUUCACUUUCUCUGGGCACUGUACCAGUCUGCGUCCCUGGUCCCUGUGACAGUCGCACAAUGGAGCCCGCUGAGAGAUUUUCUCUGCUGCUUGGGGACCCUCCCAGGGCUUGGAGCUCAGAGAAAUCUCUUCCCCUCAGAUUCCCAGAACCCAGAGUCUGAAGGCGGAGCCCAGAGCAAGCCACUGACAGAGGCAUGACAGCAUGUUAUGAGAUGUGCACACAGGAGGCUCUCCAGGCACAGAGGAGCCAGCUGGUGGGGCUGCUGGUCUCAGGGUCCCUGGAGGGCUUCGAGAGCAUCCUGGACUGGCUGCUUUCCUGGGAAGUCCUCUCCUGGGAAGACUACGAGGGCCUCAGCCUCCUGGGCCAGCCCCUCUCCCAGUUGGCCAGGCGCCUCCUGGACACUGUCUGGAAGAAGGGUGCUUGGGGCUGUGAACAGCUCAUCGCAGCUGUCCGGGAGGCCCAGACCGGCUGUCAGGCUCCGGAGCUUUCCUGCCGCUGGGAUCCCCACUCACCCCACCCAGCGCAUGACCUGCAGAGUCACCGGCCCGCCAUCGUCAGGAGACUCUACAGCCACGUGGAGGGCGUGCUGGACCUGGCACAGGAGCGGGGUUUCAUCAGCCGGUAUGAAUGUGAUGAAAUCAGGCUGCCUGUUUUCACGUCAUCCCAGCGGGCAAGAAGGCUGCUGGAUCUUGCGACCGUGAAGGCGAAUGGGUUGGCCGCCUUCCUUCUACGACAUGUUCAGGAAUUGCCAGUCCCGGUGGCCCUGCCUUUCGGUGAUGCCGCGUGUGAGAAGUACAUGUCCAAGCUGAGGACCACGCUAUCUGCUCAGUCUCGUUUCCUGAGCACCUAUGAUGGGGCAGACAAUCUUUGCCUGGAGGAAGUAUACACAGAGAAUGUUCUGGAAAUCCGGACAGAGCUGGGCGUGGCCGGCCCCCCGCCGAAAAGCCCCGCCACCCUGGGCCUGGGGGAACUCUUCAGCACCUGUGGCCACCUCAACGAGGACGCUGACACCGUGCUGGUGGUGGGCGAGGCGGGCAGCGGCAAGAGCACUUUGCUGCAGCGGGUGCACUUGCUGUGGACCACGGGGCGCCACUUCCGGGAAUUCCUCUUCGUCUUCCCAUUCAGCUGCCGGCAGCUGCAGCGCGUGGCAAAGCCGCUGUCGGUGCAGACGCUGCUCUUUGAACACUGCUGUUGGCCCGACGUCGGCCGCCAGGACGUCUUCCAGUUCCUCCUUGACCACCCCAACCGCGUCCUCUUAACCUUCGACGGCUUCGACGAGUUCAGGUUCAGGUUCACGGAUCGCGGCGAGCGCCACUGCUCUCCGACCGACCCCACGUCGGUCCAGAAUCUGCUGUUCAACCUACUGCAGGGCAACCUGCUGAAGAACGCCCGCAAGGUGUUGACCAGCCGUCCGGACGCGGUGUCGGCUCUCCUCAGGAAGUACCUGCGCGUGGAGCUCAACCUGAAGGGCUUCUCGGAAGAGGGCAUCGAACUGUACCUGAGGAAGCGCCACCGCGAGCCGGGGGUGGCCGACCGCCUCAUCCGCAUGCUCAGAGCGACCUCAGCCCUGCACGGCUUGUGCCACCUUCCCGUCAUCACGUGGAUGGUGUCCAAAUGCCACCAGGAACUGUUGCUGCCGGGCGGGGGGUCCCCAAGGACCACCACGGGUAUGUACCUGCUGAUCGUGCAGCAUUUUCUGCUGCGCGCCUCCCCGCCCGACGCGGCCCCCCGCAGCCCGGGGCCCGGGCUGCUUCGAGGCAGGCUCCCCGCCCUUCUGCACCUCGGCUGGCUGGCUCUCUGGGGCCUGGGCAGGUGCUGCUACGUGUUCUCCUCCAGGCAGCUCCAGGCGGCACACGUCGACGGCGACGACGUCUCUCUCGGCUUCCUGGUGCGUGCCAAGAGCGUCGCGCCCGGGAGCGUCGCCCCCCUGGAAUUCCUGCACAUCACCUUCCAGUGCUUCUUCGCCGCCUUCUACCUCGUGCUCAGCGCCGACGUGCCACCGUCCUCGCUCAGACGCCUCUUCCGCUGUCACACGCCGGGCGGCUCGCUCCUGGCCAGGCUGCUGCCCGCGGCGUGCGUGCGGCGCCCGGCGCGCGAGGAGGGCGGCGUGGCGGCGUUGCUCCAGGAGGCCGAGCCGCACAACCUCCAGAUCACGGCGGCCUUCCUGGCGGGGCUGCUGUCCCGGGAGCACAGGGGCCUGCUGGCCGAGGGCCAGGCGUCCGAGAAGGCCCUGCUCCGGCGCCGGGUCUGCGCCCGGUGGUGUCUGUCGCGCAGCCUCCACAAACACUUUCACGCCAUCCCCCCGGCCGUGCCCGGGGAGGCCAAGAGCAUGCACGCCAUGCCCGGGUUCGUCUGGCUCAGCCGCAGCCUGUACGAGAUGCAGGAGGAGCGACUGGCGCGGGAGGCCGUGCGAGGCCUGAAGGUCGGGCACCUCAAGCUGACCUUUUGCGGCGUGGGCCCCGCGGAAUGUGCCGCCCUGGCGUUUGUGCUGCGGCACCUGCGGCGGCCCGUGGCCCUGCAGCUGGACCACAACUCUGUCGGUGACGUUGGUGUGGAGCAGCUGCUGCCUUGUCUCGACGUGUGCAAGGCUCUUUACUUGCGAGAUAACAAUAUCUCAGACCGAGGCAUCUGCAAGCUCGUCGAACAUGCUCUUCACUGUGAGCAGCUGCAGAAGUUAGCUCUCUUCAACAACAAACUGACCGAUGGCUGUGCACACUCCGUGGCGAGGCUCCUUGCGUGCAGGCAGAACUUCUUGGCUUUGAGGCUGGGCAAUAACCACAUCACUGCCUCGGGAGCCCAGGUGCUGGCUGAGGGGCUCAGAGCCAACGCCUCCUUGCAGUUCUUGGGGUUCUGGGGCAACAAGGUGGGUGACGAAGGGGCCCAGGCCUUGGCUGAAGCCUUGGGUGAUCACCAGAGCUUGAAGUGGCUCAGCCUGGUGGGAAACAACAUCGGCAGUGUGGGGGCUCAAGCCUUAGCCUUAAUGUUGGAAAAGAACGUGACACUGGAAGAACUCUGCCUGGAGGAGAACCAUCUCCGGGAUGAAGGUGUGUGUUCUCUUGCCAAAGGACUUCAGAGGAAUUCAAGUUUGAAAGUCCUAAAGCUGUCCAACAACCACAUCACCGACCUUGGAGCUGAAGUCCUUCUGCAGGCCCUGGAAAGGAAUGAUACCAUCCUGGAAGUCUGGCUCCGAGGCAAUACUUUCUCUCCGGAGGAGACCGAGAGGCUCAGCCAGAGGGACACCAGACUCUUGCUCUGAAGCCCGGAGGCCAACGUUCAUCUCAGUUUGUUUGUGAACAGGCCGUGGGUUUGGAUCCCAGAAGCUGGAUUCCGUCUGGCAGCAGUCCAUUCACCCAGAGCCGAGUCCUGCCCGGGACAAGCACAAUAGGUCACCUUUGUUCUGGCAGAAGAAGGAGCAACCGUGCCCUUUAGAGUAACUCUUCUGCAGCCUGUUUUGCGUCCCGUUCUUCCCAAGAGUCGAUCUGUGGAACGUAGAAGAGGAGCAGCUCCCCGCCGCCUCUGGCUGAUCCGACGUGGGUCAGUGGGGCGCAUGGAGGUUACUGCGUGCCUGGUGCUGUAGAGACCUGGACCCACAGGAGCGGCCCCCCUUCCCACCUGCCUCACAGUGAGGAGGGGGAUUCAGGGAGCAGCUUUCUGCCAUGUUUUAACUCACGGGUUGUGGCCCAUCCAGAAGUUCCCCACAUCUGGUCCCUCCCCCCAUCCUGGAUCCCUGCACGUGGCACUUCCUCUGAGGGUAAAGUUUCAGAAUAUAGGUGUUCUCAGCUUUGGUAUUUCUAGCCUCCCCCCCACCGCCCCAAGCCCAGGGUGGGAAGGGCUGCAAUUCACCUGCUCUCCUUCCUAAUACUUAACACAUGAUCGAAAGGGGACACAUGACAGCCGUUCGUUCCCUAAGAUGGGCUAGAUUUUCCAAAAAAUAAGACGACACUACGGCAAAUAUCACACGCACAAUUUUUUUUUUUUUUUUUUUUUCAGCGAAGUCAAUUACUCUUCAGUUAAGCCUUUGGAAACAACGCCCCACCCAAAUGCAGCUUUUUAGAAUCAGAAUUUUGAAUAGUCCCACCAGGUCUCUGGUUGAUGCCUGUGAGUUGUGACAGCAGACCCCUGAAAUGGUUCAGUGUUAUGUGAUACAGAGUUAUGGAUCAAAAGUUUACAGGGGCGAAAUCAAAGACUUUUCCUUAUAAGGCAGAUGUUUUUCUGGAUUUUUCAAAAUGAUGCAUUGUUGAAGCCUCCGUAAACCAUCAGGUGCGGUCCAAGUGUUAUUACUUAAACGUUACUUUUUGUGCAAACUUGUUACUAUUUAUAAACCACUUGGUUUGAUUCUCUCAAGUUUGUUUUUGUAAAAAACACGACCAUGAAUUUUAUGCUGUAAAUAGUCACAGGGAAGGAGAACUGUUGAGUCCUCAAAGCUGUGGGGGGUCUCAAUAGAUGGUGACCAAAAUGUUUAAAAGAUAUUCGUGAAUGUUGUCAAAUAUUAAAGCACAAUUUUCUACUUGGA